AUGGCGGCUCAAGUCGAAAACCCAAUAAUGGCCUGCCAUGUACACCAACAAGAGACCGAUUUCGCACCCCAACUUGUGGAAGAUCCGCUGGAGGUCACGUCGACCGGAUCAAUACAAGCAACGCCUGCGACAUUCAGCAUCACAGGGCGAUCGAUACAAGCAACUCCCGGUAUCAUAGAGCGGCAAAACCCUCUCGACCAUAUGCACGGGAACAAUCAUGACAUAGACGACGCUCCUCCACCGUACUCGGAAUUUGAAGAGACACCCAGGGAUGCGCCGCAAAUUGCAGCUGCCGAAUACAGCUGUGACAACAGCCCGCAGAUGGUUGUUGCCCCUCAAGCAGAGUUUCCUGAAGUUUUCGUGCGCGGUGCAACGGUAAGGAGCGAACGGGAUGCGUACCCAAUAACGCCUCAGAUUGCAAUGGGGAGUCGCGGUCCUUCGACGCCUUCAACUGCGCUUGGGAGUCCUGUGGAGGAGAGCUUGUGGCCUGGUCCACUCCGACUACGACAAUCUUCUACUUCCAGCAUUCCACGAAGGCCAGUCCCAUCGCAAACACACCACGCAGCUACUACAUCGUUUCCCUCUGCGAAGGCACGCGAAGCCGGGUUCGAAAUCGAAGAGCCUCCUUCUCUAGAUCGAGCUAUCUCGAGUAGCACUUCCCCAGGCAUUACCCUCAUACCUUCAACAACACCUCUCAAACACACACGCGAGUCAGGAAAAGUCACCGCCUACCUCAUUCCCUUUCCCAAGCCACGGCUAAAGGGCGUCAGUCCAGAAGGCAUCCCUGCGCGUUUUCUUAUCUAUGCACCUCCGCUCCCGCCCCUCUCAAAACCGGCGCCCGGCGAAAAGGAGUCGCAAUGGCACAAGACGCAAAGGCUGUGGCAAGAGGACGUACGGAGAGCGACAAUGACGAAUGCGUCGAGAGUGACGUGGAAGGGUAUGAAAGCGAAGGGUACAUCGCUGAUCAACAAGGGUGUGAGUAAAUCGAGAUCCUCGACCGUAGAGUUCCUGGAUAGGGUGUCGGGAGGCGCUAUAACAUCGACGACGCAAGACAUUGACGACGAUGAGGCACUUGCCCCGGCCGCCUCGUCGACCCUUGCACAAGCCAGCGAUCCGAUACAAGAACUACCUGCUUCGUCGCCAGCGGCUGAGCUUUCAACGCCCUCUACGCCUACCACAGCCGGAACGGCUACAAUAGAUCGACCGCCAUCAGUGUCAUCCACUGGCAGCACCCCGAAACCCAAUGCGCUCGAUUCUUUGACCCUCAUCCACCCGCCCUCCCUUACGCUAACUCCCGAAGAAACACGUGCUGAAUUCGUCAAUUCGCUGAUGCGCACCCGCGAGCAAUCUCGAAAUAAAGCUCUUGUCGCGUCUGCGCUACUUCCUUUCGCAGCUACCAUGGACGUCAUCCUCAUCGUCACCUUCGGCGGCCUCACUCAAACGACCGGCGUGUGGGCUUACCAGAAUACGCGCGGGGCCAUGGCAAGCCAAAAGAUGACGCGAGGGCUAGCACGCAGUGAGUCGCAUACCAACGCGGCAGAGCUGCCAGUCAAGAUGGAGGCAAAAGGAUGCACAUGCGGGCACCAUGAGGGGGAGUUUGGCUGCGCGGAGCAAGUGCCGAAAGCUGACAAGAAAGGCAAGUCCAAAAGCAAAGACGAGGGCAUGGGCAUUACGACGAACAUCCAGUCAUCAAUUGCCCUCGACCCUUUCACACGAUAUCUGGAACUCGCAUGUCUCCAGAAAUCGUACACUAUGUUUCCUCAUGUCGAGUCUGCCCAGUCCUCGCAUGCUUCUGAUCCGACUGAAGAUGAGAUUCUAAAUGCGAUUGGGUGGACGCCAACAAGGCGAUAUGGCCGAGACUUGGAUAUGGAGGAGCAAGGAGGCAAGACGCAGAGGCUGAGUGCGGAACAAGAUGAGGAAUGGCAAAGGAGAGAGGCGAGAGAGGAUGUAGAGAGAGUGGUGAGGAAGGCCGCUGCUGAAUGGGUGGUGGCAUAUAAGGGUUUCAAGAAGUAG